AUUAUUGUUAUCACUUUAAACCUGAUUAGAUCAGUGAUCCGGAUGUUGAAACAUUGAUGUUUUAGUUUAGCUAUUUCCAAAAUCUUUUAAAAAUAUUCGGGAUCAGCGUUUUAUGUUAAGAGUUUCAGUUUUUAAUCAGUGAACUUUCAUACUGUAGUUUGGUGCCCUUCCUUUUACACGUAGAACAGUUUAGGUUUUUUCUCCUUUACGAGAUAACAUGAAGCCUGUGAUCAUUGAUUCUAGCUCAUUAGCAGCAGAAGCGCAGAUAGGUUACUUACUAUCGAAUGUCUUUGACUGUUCGCUUUGGUGUUGAAAUGACAGGUAGUGCACUCUAGUAUAUGGCAAUCUUGUAGAGAGUAAGCAAUGGAUUCCCAGCUACUUGGGACAUGGGAGGUUGUUUCAUGCACUCCUCGCCAGACUGGACUAGUGGAAAACACUGGUGUUGAUGGGACCCGCUUUUGCCUGGAUGAGAGUGGUGAUGUUACGUGGACAGUUCCGGAUGACGCUGAGGCUGUACCUCUGUUUAACUGUGAAACAUAUGAAGUUUAUAAUUCACCUCCCAUGGGCGUUGUGAUAAGAUUCGGAGCGUAUGCGGGUCACGUCAUUGAGUUUCGGGUAGACCAUCCUGAUGGUCAGGAUACAAUGGUGCUGACUUGUGAUGCUUGGUGCAUGCUACGGUGCAAACGUGUGGUGGAAUCUGACCCUGACCCACCUGGAGAUGCUCCAUUCUCACUGUUACCAGCUCUUGAGGAUGGCUAUUUUUCUGAUGUCUCCAUCACUGCCAGUAAUGGUCGCAUCUUUGCGGCACAUUCGUGUGUGCUCAAUUUGUCUGCUCCUGGGGUGGAUUGGGGGCGUCAAUUGGCUGGUCUUCCAGAGGAUGUAUUGGGCACUGUGCUACACUACCUGUAUUCAGAGUGCCUCCCAGCGAAUCUGGCAGAGGGCACUGCACGCCAGUGUGCUGUCGCCACCCACGCUCUGCCAGGCCUGCAACCUCUCGCUCGUCUCUGCGAACUCUACCUCAAGAACAUGGCACUCAAGCAGCAAAUAAUUGGCCUAGUUUCCGACAUGCAUGCCAGUGCCAGUCAAAUCAUCGAACAUUUCAGCGCCAAAUCCUCCACAGGCGAGCAUUCUGCAGAUAGCCUUAAUUCUAAUCCGGCCAAAUUAUGUUUUGUUGUGAAGCAAUCUGUGAGAGAAGCUGCCGUAGCUGGUGCAAAAUUGUUGUUGCUUUGUGAUCUUUUCACAAAGCGCAAGGCUGAACUCUCACGUGAGGAACGGCAUGAAAUCAUCCGCUAUGCGAAGUCGCGGUUACCGGUUUUCAUGAGCCAGCUGCAACGUUUCCUGCAAGGUGUAAAAUCAACUUUCAGCAGUAUGUCACCCAGCCAGCGACAGGAAGUCGCUACUUAUCUUGUGCCUGAGAUUGAAACUAUUUUGGAUACUGUUUCUACACUAGUAGUGCAAGUGAAAUCAGCCCUGGAACAUAUUAUAACUGUUCUUUCUCCAUCAGAAAACCCAAAAAGUCAGAAGGAAAAAGUUGGUGAAGUACUCACUAAAUCUUUGAAAAAUGUUUUGUACAGAAGAGAACUUAGCAAACUGAGAAAUUUUCAUCAGAGAAUAACUUUCAGUUUAGUUCAUCUUCUACAAAAGAAGGAGAGUUUCAAUGAAAUGACUAGUGCCAACAAAGUACGAUCUGUGGCUCGCAACCUGGAGCAGUUAAUAGAGGAACUGCCUAUCUUUCUCAUGAGGCUGGAAGAAGUAACAGCUGCCCUUGAUGAUAGAUUGGAAUGGCAUGAAUUCAAAUUUUGCUUUAAAGUUGGAACUUCCAAAGUGUCAGGGAUCCUGCAGCAGUUACUGACACAUCGUGAGACUUUGCAAGAAGUUAUGGUUCAGCUAUGUGACUUAGUGCAAAGGGAAGCAUUCACGAGAUCACUCUUUGCCCUUGAGCUCCUUGAUCCAGCUCAUUAUUCAGGAGAUCAUCAUAGUCAUCCAAGUGGGCAUUUUCACUCUACUCCCAAACAGCAUGGGUACAAGCUAAAUCUUGUGGAGUCAUUGUGUAUACCACCACUUUCUCGAAACAGUAGACUGUCUAAGGCUGCCGUCCAGUUACUGAGAUCGGGUCAGGACACUGACAUGGUCUUUGAAGUUGUCUCCUCUCCAGAUGCUCCAGAUUGUGUGAUAGAUCACACAGCUAGUCAGACAAAGCAGACUGCAGCUGAGGAGGGUAAUGAAACUUCAAGACAUGGUGCCAAGGAGAGGAGCAGGUCUGAAGAAGCACAACAAUCACCUUCCAGUGAGCCACAGCUACAGUUACCCCAGCCACAGCCACAGCCCGAACCUCAACAGUUAGAAGAACAGCCUGAGGAAGCGGCCAGUGUGAGGGCACACAGAGUUAUAGUUGCUGCUCGAUGUGACUGGUUUCGUCGGGCUCUCUUGUCUGGGAUGAGAGAGGCAAUUGAUAGGAAAAUAGUGGUCCAUGAUACAAAUCCAUUCCUUUUCUCAACAUUUCUUCACUACCUGUACAGUGGACAGUUGCGUACCCGAGAGCUGACUGCUGAUCAGUUAGCUGACCUUAUGCUUCUCAGUGAUCGAUAUGAGGUUGACUCAUUGAAACAAGCAUGCGAACAGGGAUUAAGAAGACACAUUGAUGAAGAUUCAGUGCUUUAUUUCCUGAGUAUGAGUGACCAAAUUAAUGCAAAAACUCUUCGGAGUGCCUGUUUAAACUUCAUCUCCUUGAAUCCUGACAUUAUGGAUAGUGAAUUAUUUGAAGAGCUGCCUCAAAACCUGCAGGCUGAGAUCUAUGAUCUAGUCAUAUGGGCUAAACCCAGGAAAUCACAAACAACUGAGAAGUUACUGCUUUACCCACAUUGUCCUAGUCCUGAGACACCAACAUCUGUAUCAUCCAGUCUGGCUGACAUAGAAGAAAUGGCUUCCAACAUUCAUAUUAACAGUCGUGAGGUAGAAGCAUCUGAUAGCAGUUCACUGGAGGAUCUUCCACUAACACAAGACUCUGCCCGUUUAGAAAGCUGCAUUGUGCAGCUGAGGGACAUAGUUGGUGAACAGGCAUCGCAUGAAGAACUUGUUCAGUUGGCGCUUGCUGCUGAUUAUGACAUCAACCGGGCUGCAAACUUCUACUAUUCAUCCUGAAGGUGGCAUCGAGGUCGCCCCUCCGUGAGGCGCACCUAAGGCAGUACUUAGCAGUUGCUAUUGUCACUGGUUGUUGCCAUGAAGAAUGGUUCGUGCAGAACAGAACCUGCCUGCCAUAUUGGCUGUGAACUGGAGUGGAGCAAUCGAAAUCAGGCGUCACGUUCCACAACAGUGGCUCCCAAAAUGCACUUCAAAGCCUUACCAGUUGUGACAUUUCCCUUAAAGUAUCUUCUUUGAAUGGCGAUGUCGUGCUUCGAAGGAACGGGUUUCUUGUGAUUCUGCUGUAUUGUUACUGAAAUGAGAUGGAAUGGAAACAGUGUUAAAGUAUCUGCUUUCAUGAAUACAGGCAGGCUUGAAGUUUGCAUAUUUUCCUGGUUAAGUUGGAGAUGCUGGUUGCCAUGAAAUGGUUUUUUAGCAGUUCAGUGGGCUGUUGGUAUCCAGAAAAUGAGGGCUUGCUCUGGGUGCCAGUGACAGGGUUUUUGCCAUUCAUUGUGACAUACUACGGAGUUCUCAUUUUGUUAAGAGGAAUUAUUUCUUAAGAACUGCAGUUUUUGUCUGGCUAGUCUCAAGCAUUUCUGAUAUGGAAGUGCACAGUAUUUUUAAAUUUUAUCAAGGUAUAAUAUUCUAAGCACUAUUUUUGCCAUAAUUCUUUAAGACUUUUGUCUGUCAUAAUAUAAAAUUUUGUGACUUUUUAGAAACUGUGCAAGAUUGUUCAGUGCAUGGUUAUGAUAAAUGGUCAUUAAGUUUAUUUACAUUUUAUGCAAUGAAAAUAUUUUAUUUAGUGACAUCACCUCAUUUUAUUUUAUGAAAGUAUUUUUAGAGGCAGAACUGUUUUAACACGUAACCAUAUUGUAAAUAUUUUCAUUGUGUACUGAACCCAGAAACCAUCUCAGACACACUAAUCAAUGUGACAAUCUGUCCAUUACUGAAAUGUGAGAUGUAAAAUUGUAUAAGUAAAUUGUUAUGUUAUGUAGAUGUCCUACACAUUUCAGUCUUUGCUUUUGAGAAAAUUCAGGAAAUUUUGCCAGUUUUGCAGAUUUGAGUGCCUUACAACAACAGAAAUGCUUUAAAAUCCUUUGAAUAUACUUAAUUUAACUCCAGCGCCAAUUUUCACUCAGUGUGUUAACAUUCAUGUAUCUGGAAAACACUUUAAAUGUUUCUGGAAAUGAAAUUUUUCACAUGUAAAUUAUGUUCUUUAGUGCAGAAAAGUUACUUGUAUUGCACCAUUAGCUCAGUAAAUUUCAUCAUCGACUACCAAAAAAGUCUUCUUGUUCCUUACUGAUUUUUAAAAAUUUUUGAAGAGCGUUUUAUAUUGUUGACUAUAUCUUGUUGAAAUCCAUAAGCAGAUUAAUAACAGUGCUGAGCAUAGUUCUAAUAAUACUAGGGCAUUAUGUCACUGGGAAAUAUUAUACACUUCAUAGCAAAUAGAGAGAGAGAGAGAGAGAGAGAGAGAGAGAGAGAGAGAGAGAGAGAGAGAGAGAGAAAAUAAUAUAAAAGUUGUAUUGCCUUUCAUCUGUUUUUUUCCCUCCUCCAAAGUGUCUCUAGACACAAAGAAGAAUUUUCUGAUGUUAUCUCAUUGUGGAGUUUUAUUCCCCCAUGGUCUUGAGAAUUUGUUGCGUUGACAUCUUUACAGAGUUCAGCUAUGAGAAAAACCCACUGCAUUUUUUGAUGGUGGACGUCAUACCAGUACUCUGGUACUCUGUGCAAUGUAACUAGUCAUUUCCGGCAUUGAAGGUAUUGUGUAAAGUAUGUGCCACUAAUAUGCACCCGAUUAAUUGCUUUGAUAGAGUUGUUGAAAGUUUUGUUGAUGUUGAUAAAUCUCUCAUUUUUUUUAUUUACUUGCAUGUUCUUGACACAAUCACUAUGGUAUGGCUUGCUAUGGUUAAAAUUAGUUGAUGAUUUCUUUAGUUUAUCAUCAGUAUUGCCCCUUCCCUUUCCCUCUCCUCCUCCCUCUUCCUGUGUCUCCUCCUCCCUCUUCCUGUGUGUCACACACACACACACACACACACACACACACACACACACAAUGAUAAAGGUUCUUGUUUCAACAGCUGUUAGUGAUUUCAUAAGACUGUUAAACGUGUGUCUGGGAUGGUUAGAUGUGGUAAUUGCAGCAUUCUCUUUGGUAAAUGUCAUUAUGUAAUCAUUGUGGAAAACUAUGAAAUUAAUAAUAGAAAGUACAGCUAUUUUCUUCACUUAACCUUUAUUAAUUUCACUUUAGAACUACAAAGUAUGAUGAACAUCAUAAGCAUGAUAAUUUUAUUAUCACCUUUAAAAAGUCUUCAUGUCAGAAAGCAAUGGCCAUGUAAUAACUAUUUUUACUAACAGUAUUUGUGUCAUAUCUUCACAUUUAUUUGUAGUAGCCCACAUUCUUUAAUACAGUCAAUAUUGUUUUUACUUUUGUAGAUUUGUACAUAGAAAAGUAAAGAAAUUUUUUCACAGUUUCUAAUUGAUAUAGGCGUAAGUGAUAGACUGUAAGGUUACAAUCAUGAAUACUUCAAUGCCAAAUGUAAUGUGAAUUAUGUUAUGUAUUAUAUGUUUUACUGAAAUUGUUAAGUUCAUAGGUGAAAUUGGCACAAAACAGUUGACAGAGUGGAACACACAGCUAUUUAAUCUGUUCACUGUCCCAAAAAAAAGUAAGUUACCUUUCCUUUUAGAGUUUGUGCACGGCAUAUUUGUUGUAUUUGUCAUCUUUCCUUAUACGCUUCUCAUCCAUUGUUGUCCCUUGUCAACUUCCAUUCCAUUUGUCUUUAAUCUAUACCUUUCUUAUAUUUCCUCCCCCCACUCUUCUCUCUCUCUCUCUCUCUCUCUCUCUCUCUCUCUCUCUCUCUCUCUCUCUCUCUCUCUCUCUGCCCAAUUUCACAUAUGCAACCGUAUUUCAGUAUUUUUUCAGAAUGCAGUUUUGCAACAAUAAAAUAAUUGUAUUCCUUCCAAUAUGCUUGAAACUUGUGUGUGUGUGUGUGUGUGUGUGUGUGUGUAGCUUGACUAUAUUUUCUAUUUGUAAUGAGAUGAUGAAUACAGUUGCAAAUCAAAACAAAACAAUUAAAAAUGAGUAUAGAGAUUGGAUAAAUGAGUGAGACAUUACACUAGAUGGAGAUUAGUGUUAUCUUAUGUUUUUAAAAAUCAGACAUCUGUGCCAGAAAGUAUACAAAUGGAGAACAUAGGGAGUGAACUAGCAUGCAAAAAUUUACCGGAUUGGAAGAAAACAUUUCCAUCGAACAGGACAGAUCAUAACUGUUAAUUACAAGUUUGAAGAGUACACAGAAAAUGCCUUGAAAUUAUAUAAAUCUGACUUGGAAGAAACUUGGAAUCGGCAGCUAUCCAUUAUUGAGUAACAUUUGUAGACAGUUAACUACAUAGGUACAUUAACUGAGUUUGGUGUAAGUACUGACUUUUUCAUUCAUUUAGAAGUUGGGGUUAAUAUCUUUAUUGAAGUGUAAUACUUUUUUCUGUAAGUAACUGUUCCCUUGUUCUCCCACAAAGCCUUAUUCCAUGGAAACAACUGUGUGAUAUAUGAAGAAAGGCUUACAUACCAAAACACAGUGCCAUUGAAGCUUUUUCAUCAUCACCAUUUCAUAAAAAUUGCUAAUAUUAUUAUUGUGAUCAUUUUAAAAGAGGACAGAACAGUUUCUGAAAAUACGAAUAAUGGUCAUUUUAAGUCUUUCCACAUCCCAAAGGCCUUGGAAGACAAAUGGAAUUUACUCCCCAUGUGGAAAAAUGUGACUUUACAUGCCUUUCAUUUCCAAGUUCUCCAUUUGUCACUUUUGAAGUGAUGGAAAACUUUAAAUAGUUGUGUAAUGUUUUUAACUACUGCAUUGUGAGUAGGCACAUCACUUCUUAGAGGAUGUCAUUCACUUAUUUACUUGUUUCUCGGAAAGAUAAACUGAAUAAAUCUGUUUCUCUACAGGAAAAAGUUACAGAAAGUGACAUAAUUUGUGUUGUUAAUAGUAUUAUGAAACUUAGUUCCUAGAAACAGCUGAUUUAAAAAAUGUCUUCUUCUUUCUGUCUGUGCCUUCUUUAUUUUUAAAUGGAAAAAUGAAAAAGUAGACUGAUAAUUAUAUAUGGAAAACAAUUGUUUCAGAUAUAAUACCACAAGUGAGCUGUGGCAUGUUUAGUUAAUGUAAGAGCCAUUUUUCUGCAUUUAGCAGUUGUAUUAGUAAUACAGUUUGAGCCUUCAGGUUCAGAUGUUGAUAUGUGGCAUAGGAAAAAAAAGCGAGUGGAUCAUUUUCUUAUUUACUGUGUUGUUUUCUGUCACUCUUUAAAGAUUUGGUUUGUGUAAAUUUCACUUGCUGGCACCAGUGCCUUCACUUUUAUAAAUUUUGUCCCCUUAAAAUUUCCUUAAUUUUUUGUUAUUUUGGUGAUAGUAAUGUGAUUAGAAGAAGUCAUAUUUCAUUUGUUGAGAAAUAUAAAAGAAGUAAACUGACAUGUACAAUAGAUUCUGCACAAUUUCAUUAGUAGCGAUUUAGAUUGAGAAAUAACUUUGAUUUGUAGACUAACCUUGGACUAAAAUCUCUCAUUUCUUGAGAGACAGGUGUUUAACAUUUGUGUUCAGUAUUACUUUAUCUUUCUAUGAGGAAUUAAAUUCUGAGGUAUCAUUGUAAUUCCUCUUUCUUCGGCCAUUCAUUCUAAUAAUCUAGUCAGAAUAAAAUCUUUGAUUAUAACUAAUAUAAAAAUGUAAUAUUUAAAAUUAAGACAGUGAUGGAAACCAUAGUGAUUGUUGUGUACAGAAUGUUGAAACUGGAAGAAGUCGUAAACAAACUAUCCUAUAUUUCGUACAAAUAAAAAAAGUGAUUACCAGAAGAAUCACUUGAACUUGAAUCUUAACAGCCAAGUCUGUUUGAAGAAAACACAAUGUUGUUGCAUGUGUUAAUGAAAUAGCUCGGAAGAACUUUGUUGCCACUGUGAUGAGUUAAUUUGUUUGUUGAGGGAGAGAGAUCUCCAUAUGUUAGUGUGUAAACGUGUACUGUAUGUCUCUUGUUGAUACAUGGUCAGAUUUUAAGUUACAAUAUACAUUUAAACAAAAC